UUAAAAAUAAGUGAUAAAAUUUAGUUAGAGUUGUUUGCAAACUCAUAUUUUUGUUUACAGAGUUUGCUUUAUUUGUUUUCUUCGCAACAGAAAAUUUGUGUCUUCAAAAAUGAGUACCUACCUUUUCCAUAGUGCUAAAAAGAAAUACAAUAUACAUUGAAAUUCUAUAAGCAGUAAUGUGAGUGGGCAGUAGCUAAAAAUGCCGCCUGUACUCACAAAUAAAAACAGAAUAAUGAGUGAAAUGAUGAAGCUUUCAUUUCAUCACAGAGCUUUUUAUUGUUACCUCGGCAUGAGUCUCUGGAUUUUUGUUCUCAUAACGGUGAUGUACAAAUACAUGUCGGUGAGCGAAGAAAUAAGCAUACCCAAGAAAAUAUAUAAAGAUCAAUACAUAUCAAAAAGUGAUGUUAAGUUUAGAAAGAUAUAUAUGAGAGCUUGCAAUCCAGCUGAUAAUAUAGUGAGAGGUUCAGAAGGUGCAGUAGAUGAGGAUGCUUGGUUGUUGCAUGGUGUGCUCGUGAUCACCAGGCAUGGAGAUAGGGGUCCACUAACACAUCUCAAAGGAGGUGAUAAAUUACCUUGUGAUUCGUCAAUUGUUUCGCCACUGUUGAAAAGUUACGAAGACUAUGUAGCUAACGCAAGCGCGUCAGGUCGGGCGUGGUGGGUGACCUCAACAGGUCCUUUUCACAAUUUCCCUUCACUGCCGACUCGGGCGGCCGGGACCAGCUGUGCCCUGGGACAGUUGACGCCAAGGGGACUCCUGCAAAUGAUAACUGUGGGUAACAUUCUGAGGGCAGCGUAUGCAGAUAAAUUAGGAUUAGACAAUAUUGAUCCACAGGGAAAAAAGGACACAGGUGUGGCGGUGUCGUACAGCACCCGCUAUCGCCGCACGUUCCUGUCGCUUUCGGGGGCGUGGUGGGGGGCGGCGCGGGGCGGGGCGGGGGCGCGUCUGGCCGCCUGUCGGGAGGCGCACAGCGUCUCCUUCUGCUUCAGGGACUGCGCCUGUCCCGCUCAUCACGCCAUCGACAAAAAAAUCAACAAUCAAGCAAGGAAUCGCUUAGAGUCUCAUCCCGCAAUCAAAGAGCUGGUCAGUAAGUUAUCUAAAGUGUUAUUCGAGACGCAAGAACGUACAGACGCGGAUGUCGUACGGGAUGCCCUUCUAGCUUAUAUGUGCCACGAUGUCCCUUUGCCGUGCACUCACAAAGCCAAUCACGAAAAACCAAAACUGACCAUAGACAAAAGGCACAGACUACACGAAAGCAAAACGGGAACCAGAAACCUUUUAGAUGUCGACAUCGACACUUUGAAUAUGGAACUAGAUUAUAUAAACAAUCAGGUGGAUAUAAACGGAGACGCGGGUAGGAAAGCCAGAGAAGUGAUCGGAAAAUACUAUGACCUGAAAGAUAAGAAAGCGCCCUUAGAUUUUGAUGCCCAAAUGGAGAGGGAGAAGUUGUUGUAUUAUCAGCAGAGAUAUUUGGAUACCGGCGACACGUACGACGACGUAGUCAUAGUGAAGAAGAAUUUGGACGCGGAUUUUAAUUUUCCGAACGACGCUAGAAUCGAUGCGGACUUCGACGAAGACUACAAGGAGCCGACGCCCGAAACCGAAGACUUCUGCAUCAAAAAAGAGCACGUUCUCUCGUUGUUCGCGUACUUGGAGUGGAGCUACCGACAGGAGAUCAAGAAUAUUCACAAUCGAAAACGGGGCUUGCUCGUCUCGUACGGUCUGCUGCACAACAUAGUCCAGAACAUGAUACGCAUGAUAUCGGAGAACAAGCCCAGAUUCGUGAUAUACUCCGGUCACGAUAAGACGUUACAAGCGCUCGUCUUGGCCCUCGGCUUGAGCAAUUACCAAUAUUACAACAUACAGUACGCCUCGAGAUUGAUAUUUGAGGUGUACAGGAAGAAGGAUCUGCGCGAUGAGGUCAAAUACGCGAAGAGAAAGGCCGUGGCCCGGGACUUCUACUUCCGGGUCGUCUUCAACGGCGAGGACGUGACGAACAAACUUAGUUUCUGCAAUACGAAACACAAUGUCGUUAUGAGGGUAGUCGAUCCGAUAGAUGACUUGAAAAUUUACAAUACAUUUUUGUGUCCGAUCGAGAGCAUCGUAAGGUUUAUACACGACGAUUAUUUUAGUGUUUUUAAUGUUAGUAACUUCAAGGAUGCGUGCGCCACGGCCGGUAACAAGCGUGGAUGAAUAAAUAUACCCGAGCGGUAAUGGAAUUCGACCACCAAUAGAAAAAUAUCAUAUUUUGGUAUCGAACGAAUUUCGGCGUUAGUCGAUCGCGGCGUUUGACCCGUCAAAGUGAUUAAAGUACCGGGUAUAAUGGAAUCGUUGCCGAUAAAAAUAUAGCUCUAAAAGCAUAAAAUCAUGGUUUAAUAAAUACAUACUUUUUUUUUUGUUUAAAGUAAUUAUCUGAUCGUUACCCUUUCUUGAAAUCUGUGUGAAUUCUUCAAGUGAAUCCGACGUGUUGAAGUCGGUUAAAAUUACGUCGAAACAUUUCGUUAAAUUAGUAGACAAAAUAAAAACAGCUGAUGCACGGGGUAGUGACCUUGUGUGAUGAUGGUUUCAGAAAAUUAAACAUAAUUAGUAAAUAAAUUAUUUAUUUAUUGCGUCUAGAUACUAUUAAGCCGUGUGCAGUUUGAGAAUGGAAUACUGAAUGUGUCAAAUAAAAUACAUAUCUUAAAAAUACAUAUUAUAUGUUUAUAUAUUUAUAAAAGGGAUAUAUUAUUAUAAUGUUACGACUAAAAAGAAAAAUUAUCUAUCGUGCGAACAUCAGUGGUGUCAGCCUUAAUCGGCCUUAGCCUUUGUCGUUGAAAGUAUGAAAUUAUGUCAAUGAGUAUAAAAUUGUCGAUACCGCAAUUUAUACUAUUAUCCGAAUUUAAUAAAUGAAUUAAUAUGUGCCCUAACGCAUUGAUAUCGAAAAUUCUCAUUUAGAAACCAGCUUGCUAAUAUUGUUAUUGCUAUAUGAACUUUUAGUGUUUACUAGAAUUAAUAUUCAACUAAAACGAAGCUCACGGCCACUCACGGCCACUCACGGUUGGCAGCCAGUAAACAUUGUUAUUAGCACGGUCAACGCGUAUCAGUGGUGUACAAAUUAUUAAAAAAAAUUAGUUUAAAUUACAUUACCUUUCAGACGAGGCCAUAUAUCGAUAUAAGUAAAGGUUUGUCUGUAUGCUUAGUUAUAGUUAUCUACCUACACUACUAAAGAAAAUAUUCUACAAUAUUUUCGAAUGUUCCUAAUUUUGUUUGUGCAAUAGUCCUAUAAGAAUCAUCAGAUGUCAUGUGACAAUUUGAUUCUCAAUUUUUAUAAUACAUGUGUACCUACACUACUAUAAAAAAAUAUUCUACAAUAUUUUCAAAUAAUCCUAAUUUUGUUUGUGCAAUAUUCCUAUAGGGAUCAUCAGAUGUCAUGUGACAAUUUGAUUCUCAAUUUUUAUAAUACAUGUGUACGUACACUACUAUAAAAAAUAUUCUACAAUAUUUUCAAAUAAUCCUAAUUUUGUUUGUGCAAUAUUCCUAUAGGAAUCAUCAGAUGUCAUGUGACAAUUUAAUUCUCAGUUUUUAUAAUACAUAUCUUAGAUGAAAGAGAACCGUUAUUUCAACCCAAUAUAAAAAUAAUAGUUAGUACUCGUGUUAAUAAUAACACGUAAUGUAACACAAAUAAACUUCUGGUUGCUUUACAUUGCCGGGUCAUGAAAGCGAUCAGUAUGCAAUUAUUAUUUCCUUUUCUUGAGGAUCGGUUUCUCUAUUUAAACCUCAUAUAAACUAAACAGUUUGCAAAUACCAAAGAGAUAAUGAAGCCAUAUGAAGCACUGUAAUAGACAAGAGAGUUUUAUUUAUACUUUGGACGAAUUAGAUCUCAACUAAACCCAAAAUCUCUUUAGAUUUAUUGUUACUUAAUUAGAUUAUGUAUUAAUUUUGUCCCCUCGUGAUUUUUAUAGUUUUACGUAAUAAUAUAAUUAAAAUGUUAUAAUAUUUAAUUAUCUAGUUUAGUUCAAAAAUAUAUUCUGUAAAUUUGACUGUAAUUGAAAAGACUGCACAUAGAAUACUUUGUUGCCAUAUUAAAAGUUAUUUGCGAUUCGUGGUCUCUACACUAAUAAUUACUAUUAUUCUGGUCAGAUGUUACUUUGUUAUUCAUUAUGUUUUUGGUCAUCAGUUAAUACUGAUUUAUGUAAUAAAAUUAACCAAUUUCCCGAAUGUGUGGAACGAUUAUUGUACACAAUAUUAUAUUAAUUUGUAUUUUUGCGUUAUUUGUGAAAAAUAUCACAUAAAUAGUUUCUAUUGCGUGAUUUUUUCAUGUGUCAGUGAUAAAACGAAAAGAUAUUAUAGUACUUAUU